UGGAAGACCGACAGGAUGGACAGACAGACAGACACACGAGUAUUCCAGUAUCUGUAUCGGCUGGCCACCAGCGGAAGGCUAAUCAUGGUGGUGUCGAGGACGGCUAACGUUCACCAGUCACCCGCGUCCAUCAAAGAGUCCAGUGUGCGGUCGAUGUCUCAGCUGCCGGCGCUGACAGACCCUGGUCCUCUGCGGGUCACUGUCCAUUACCACAACCACCCCGCCCUGGGGUCUAUCACUGGCGGAAACCGCGCGUCGACGUCUGGACUGCGACGCUAUACAAGAAGCUUCACCGACAAUGUAUCGUCAGUAUCGACGACUCCAGCCGUCGGGGUGGAGGAGGGGCGUGGAAUCCGACGCGUGAGGUUCGAGUUACCACCGAAGCCACCGCCACCGUCGGUUCUGCACAGUGGCGCUGCGAGUGGCAAAUCGACGCAACAGAAGCAGGUGGCGGGAGUCGAAAGUUGGCUGCGAAGUCGAGCAGGUAUAUCUUCGUUCUUCAGCGGUCCUUUGCCCCACGAGCGCCAGUUGAAUCACGGAGUUGGUGGUGGACAGUUAUUGACUGGUCCAAGUCGUGCGGUGGUCGCUACAACGGCGGUCUCUGCCCCGAGAAUUCACGACACCGAAAGAUACCGAAGGGGCACUCUGCCUCCAGGCGCCUCCAGCCCCGGGACCGACUGCUCCCCGGAGGCGGCCACACUUCUGAAGGCCGCGCGUGAUGGGGACGAAACGGCGCUCGGUUUCAUUCUUUUGUCAGAUGAUCGAAUCCUACUCGCAUCUACUACUACUACUACUACUACUACUACUACUACUACUAGCAGUGUUGCACGCAGUGUAACUGCGGGGAAAUUCGACGAAUGCUUCUAG